UUAUUUAUUAUGUUUAUUUUUUCUCAUGUAAAUAAAUUUUUGUAAAAGUUAUUAUUCUCUUGCUUAAUAGUUGUAAUUUGAUUAACAUAUUUUUUUUCAUCACUUUUGCAUUUAUUUUACUACCAGCAAAGUUCAAACAAAUUUAGUUAUUUUUUAUUUUAUACUUCUUUAAAUACACUCAAAACCAACGUCAUAAAUCGACUUAUAUUAGGCUAAUCUUUUUUCAAGUAUUUUUUACUAUUUUUUAGGAUCAAAGUUAAUGGACUAAAAACGAAUUUGGUUCAGUUUAACCACACUUCUAAAGCACCUUCUCAAAAAACAACCUAUUCUCUAAUACAAAACUAUUCUUUUUUUUCAGCAAUUAAACUCAUCCGUAGACAAAGUAUAAAAUAGUUCCUCUUUUUUUUCGACAAACGUUUCAAAACAACGCCCCCAGAGAAAGAUCAUCCUUAAUCGGCUUUCGGGGUUUGUUCGCACAUAGCCUCGGUGCUCGUUGGAAAACUGGUUGACUUUGUAAAUUGAAAAACGGCAACGAUUUUUUUUUACCUUUUUGUUCUGUUUUUUCCCUCCUUAUGUGAGUGAGAUCAAAAUCUCGAGCGUGAAAUUGCGAAAUGCAUACAACCUACGGUCCGGUUUGCACCCGUCGGUGGAAUGAAUAGUGCAACAGCAAGGAUUCUCUACCCCAGAGCACUACUAAUCGCCGAUUAAUUUUACCGGAACGUACGUUGGGUAAACUGCAACAAGAGUGGAAAAUGGAUGCUUACCCUGAAAAUGGUGGUGUAAAGAAAAAAUCAAUUUAGCAAAUCGGAUAAGCGCAACGAUUGAAAUGGGGCGGUUGUAAAAGUAUCGCUAUUUACGAGGACUUUUUUGGUUCGUUUUUGCAUAUCCUAGAUUACAAAAAGCGAAGCACACGGGUGCACUUUUUUGGUCGCACUCCUAAAUUUUAGCGUCGGGACAAAUCCCUCCAUUCAAAACGAGCUUCAUUUCGAAGUAAUGAAUUGAUAAAUUAUUUAAACCAUCGACAUACUGCCUUCAUUGAAUCGCCAUUGGUUCGAUACACGGCCGGUGUACGACAGAUUAGAGAUGCGUCAGGAGAUGUGUGAGAUGUUUUCCGCUCGAUUCUUUUUGUUCAAUGAGCGGUUAUUCAAGAAUUUUUGCUUGUCACCUGUAAUAACUUUGGGGAAACGCGCGGAACAAUCGACCGCUUUCAUUCGGAGACCCAGCACCAGACACAGUUUGUCUACAGUCUACCAUCACUGGAGAGUGUCAUCUUUACGCCACCGUUCACUUCAGUUCCACCUCACAACGCACUCACGCUACACGCACGAUCGUCUGGAGCCAUGACUCAGGAGCAGUCCACCGUACCGGACCUAAACUCGCCACCCUUCUCGCGGUUGUUCGUUCUCUGCGGUAAGCAAAUUACUGCCAGUGCACUCGAGGAGUUCUUCGCCCCGUACGGCACAGUGGAACAGUGCCACAUCGUACAGGACCAAACGACUGGCCAAUCGAAGGGCAUUGGGUUUGUGAAGUUCCAGAAAACAUCCCAAGCAGCACGGGCACUGAAGGAAGCGGACGGUAAGCACAUCGAGCCGGAACCGAAAGCGAUCAAAGUGGAGAUCGCUUCCAGCACGGUAGAAUCGAAACCCUUGGACUGCCUGCGACUGAAGGUGAAAUGUCCCGCCGAACUGGAUAGUGAUGCUGUAAAGGUCGAGUUUAGCAAGAUCUCGGCCGUCAACAGUGUGCAACUGGUACCGGACAAAAAGUCACCGGGUAAUAAUGUGGCCUACCUAACGUUCGAAUCCUUUCUCGAUGCGGCACUCGCAUACGAAACGGCCAAACCGGAACAUAAGGCAAAGUUUGCAAAGAUUAAACCGCGCAAGGUUAGCCUUGAGUCGCAGCCUCAGGAAACGAGAGGUUUCUUCCGGCCAGUUACUCGGCGCCGUUCGUCCGCUUUAUUGCCGCUCACCAAGCUAACCGUAUUGUGCAGUUCCACGUUAACUCAGAACCAGAUUUGGCGUCUGUUUGACAUUAUACCGGGACUGAUGAACUGCUCCAUAUCGCACGAUGGUGGAUCGAUCUCUUCUGCAACCGUUACCUACAACAACACGCAGUCGGCAAAGUACGCCCGGGAGAAGCUGCACAAGUUCGAAUAUCCGAUAGGGGAGAGAAUUGUAGUAAGGGAUGGAAGUGAAUAAAGUGGUCUCAUCGAGUAGUAUGCUUCACAAUUGAUUGUCGGUUUGUGAGGAGUUCUCAAUAAGGUGAAGGUGAAUCUUCAAUAAAAUAUAGAAGGGUCAUUACAAUUGUCGAGGAAUUUCUUUCUUGAGAUAAGUUUGUAUAUUGCGGUCGGUUUACCAUACCAGAGCAGCAGAGCUACCUCUGGAUUUGUUCUUCACUUUGGUCGUCCCGAAUUAUUCUGAUAACAAGACCAACCAACGAAAGUUAUAUGAUGAUACAGUUCCAAGAAAUAUAGCGCUUUAAAGUUUGAAUGUAACAUCUUAAGUAAAGUUUGUAGGAUUUUUGUGAAAAUUUACAUAAAAUCUCACUCUUAUAUCUAUAUCACCCAACCUGAUCGUACAAUAAAAAACAAUUGUAAAUUUUUCAGUUCCGUAAAGGGUCAUUCAACUAUUACGUAACACUGGAAGGGAGCAAGGGGGAUACUGCCAGCGUUACAAUUUGUUACACAGAGGGAGGGGAGUGUUCUCUUCUUCGUCCUCUUGG